UCUAAGAAGAUUCAGCGAGAGAGUGUGAGAAAUCUUUAUCCGUUGGCAUCCGGCGCUCUCGGACUUUCUCCCGGACGGCGUGCUUGCGGAGCGGCGGCAAUCUUUGAGUGUGGGUUAGAAAUGGCAACAAAAACGUUAACAAUGGCGGCUGUGCCGGGAACAUCGUGCAAUGGUGAAGUAAAUCCAAUAGACACUAUUCAAGUGACAGUUAUGUACCCACAAGGAGGAAUAUUUGGAUGGAAGAAACGAACUCUGUACCUCUUGCUCAUUCUUCUGGUUUCAGUCGUGGUUAUAAAUAUGACUCUAAUCUUGUGGAUUAUAAAAAUACUGGAUUUAACAUCGGAAGGUCCAGGAAAGAUGCGGAUCUCUGAAGAUGGCCUUUGGGUGGACAGCGACGUAGAAUUUUUAGAUAGUCUGAGUGCUAAAAAAAUUCUUGCACAUCAGCACCAGUCACUAAAAUUGGAAUCCGCAAGAAAUGUGACACUGAUGUCACAAAAUGGACGAGGUUUUGUGACCAACUUCCUCAGUCUUGGUGAAGCGGGAUUACAAUCCAUUGGCAACUAUUUUACAGUGAGAAGCACGGCGGGCAAUGUUUUACUGCAUGUGGAUUCCCACGAAAUGGUCGUCUCUGCCAAUCACAUGGUAGUAUCUGUUAUCGACAGCUGUUUUCCAUGUCAGGAUUCCAUGCAUCACAUUGCUGCACCACGCUGGAUAGAAUCAAUGGCUACUGGCCACGUCGAUAACCAG